UUCUUGAGUGUAGGAACCGAACUGGGAGGGGACUUUUGACUGCCCAGUAACAAAGUGCGUGGUGUUGUGUACAUUUUUAUCGUUUCUAAGCUAGUUAACACAUGAACGGCAAUUUACACCGUGAACUGGCAAUAGUGGCGGGAGCAAAAUAGGACAGUUUGCAUCUGAAUGCAAGCGGGGGCUGCGAGUGACUGAAUAGCGGCAGGUAGGGAGAGCUGUAUCGGUCAGCCAUGGGUUUCCGAAAGAAGAACAAGAGCCCGCCGGUGCUGAGCCACGAGUUCGUGAUCCAGAAUCACGCGGAUAUGGUUUCAUGUGUGGCUAUGAUAAUUCUCCUCGGCCUGAUGUUCGAGGUCACAGCAAAGUUUGCCAUCAUGUUCAUCACCGUUCAAUACAAUGUGACUCAAAGUCUUGAUGAGAGGGCUGAGCAAGUGAACCUGUACCAGUACGGUCCUAAAGACAUAGCCACUGUGUUCUUCUACCUACUCAUUGCUGUCAUACUCCACGCCUUAAUACAGGAAUACAUUCUCGAUAAAAUGAAUAGGCGGUUGCACCUGUCGAAAACCAAACAUAGCAAGUUCAAUGAAUCGGGACAGCUUGCUGCCUUCUACUUAUUGUCCUUCAUCUGGGGCUGCAGCAUCUUAACAGCGGAGGAAUUUGCGACAAAUCCUACUUUCUUAUGGGAGGGCUACCCACACACCCACAUGGUCUUUCAGGUGAAGUUCUUCUACAUUUGCCAAAUCGCAUACUGGCUCCAUGGCCUUCCUGAGCUGUACUUCCAGAAAGUGCGAAAGGAGGAUAUUCCCCGCCAGCUCUAUUACAUUUGUCUUUACGUCUUCCACAUCACCGGUGCCUACAUCUUAAACCUCCACCGGCUGGGCCUGGUGCUGCUGGUACCUCACUACCUGGUGGAGCUCCUGUUCCACGCCUCACGCCUCUUCUACUUCAGUGACGAGAACAAGCAGAAGGGUUUCACUCUGUGGGCGCUACUUUUCGUCAUCGCUCGCCUCCUUACCCUCACCCUCUCCGUACUGACUUUUGGCUUCGGACUGCCCCGCGCAGAGAACCAGGGUUUCUCACUGACAAAAGGCAACUUCAAUGUGCUUACCAUUAGGAUGACGUGCCUGGCUGCCAUUUGCCUGACCCAGGCCUGGAUGAUGUGGAAGUUCAUCAACUUCCAGUUGAAGAAGUGGAGGGAGCACAGCCAGAGCCAGGCCUCCAAGAAGAAGGCUUUCAGCCCAAAGAGCAAGAAGGACCUGGCCCGGGUAGGUUCUGCCAACGGUGUGGUGAAGUCCGAUGACAAGACGUCACCCCGUGUGAGAAAAGCCAAAGCCUCAUAGAGUUGGAGGGAGAGAAUGGAGGGAUGGAGCUGAGGAGAAGUGAGGGGGCUAUUCUCAAUGUGACAUUUUGUCUUUUCAUCACUUACAUUUUUUAUUCCCCAAAACAACCUUAACUGUCUCUUUUGUGUUAGAACCUAUGUUUUAAUAGUUAUGUUUUUGUUUGUUUUGUUGACCUCAUAUGUUUGUGUUCAGUUGUUCUUUCUGUGGAUGGGAUGUAAGCAGGGCAGGGUCAACUGGUUAAAUGUUUUAAAGUGUGAAUCUGCUACCUGUGUGUGCCCCACCAACUGCCCCACUGCUUGUGCUGUGUUUAGGGGUUUGGCUCUAAGCCACUCUGGGCUGGCCUUUUUGGCAAGGUGUGUCUGUGCUAAAUCUCUCCCACUCAAAUUAUGUUGCUUGAGAGAGAGGAAGUGGGAAGUAACUGGAUAGAUAAUUGUUCAAAAAGUCAUUUUUGGAGAGGAAUUAUCUGUAGCGAUUGCAUCCAGCUUCAGGGCCCUAGUCAAUCAAACUUUCUAACUGGGUUUCUGAGGAAGUUUAACAUGCACUGUUUGUCAGCAAGUGUGCAUGUCACUAUUCAUGUUCUCAACAAAACAUGUAAAACAAGAAGUGUGUGAAACGUGGGACUAAAAGUUUAUUUUACCAUAUCAUUGGUUUUGUAUAGGGACCUCACCAUUAACUCCUAUCAGUGUCCGUUUGAUGACUGUAUUGUUACUUGCUUUUGCCAUAUGAAAUCUGUCCUAUUAUGGGAUUGAGGCACUGUUAGUAGUUAGUCAUUGAGUAGCCCCGUCUCACAGAUUGACCAACUCUCUAACAGCCAUAUUCUGACGUUGAUGUACAGUACCAGUCAAAAGUUUGGACACACCUACUCAUUUCACGGUUUUCUUUAUUUUUACUAUUUUCUACAUUGUAGAAUAAUAGUGAAGACAUCAAAACUAUGAAAUAACACACAUGGAAUCAUGUAGUAACCAAAAAAGUGUUAAACAAAUCAAAAUAUAUUUUAGAUUCUUCAAAGUAACCACCCUUUGCAUUGAUGACAGCUUUGCUCACUCUUGGCAUUCUCUCAACCAGCUUCAAGAGGUAGUCACCUGGAAUGCAUUUAAAUUAACAGAUGUGCCUUGUUAAUUUGUGGAAUUUCGUUCCUUAAUAUGUUUGAGCUAGUCAGUUGUGUUUUGACAUGGUAGGGGUGGUAAACAGAAGAUAGCCCUAUUUGGUAAAAGACCAAGUCCAUAUAAUGACAAGAACAGCUCAAAUAAGCAAAGAGAAAUGACAGUCCAUCAUUACUUUAAGACAUGAAGGUCAAUCAAUCCGGAAAAUGUCAAGAACUUUGAAAGUUUAUUCAAGUGCAGUUGCAAAAACCAUUAAGCACUAUGAUACAACUAGCUCUCAUGAGGACCACCACAGGAAUGGAAGACCCAGAGUUACCUCUGCUGCAGAGGAUAAGUUCAUUAGAGUUACCAGCCUCAGAAAUUGCAGACCAAAUAAAUGCUUCACAGAGUUCAAGUAACAGACACAUCUCAACACCAACUGUUCAGAGGAGACUGUGUGAAUCAGGCCUUCAUGGUCAAAUUGCUGCAAGGAAACCACUACUCAAGGAUGGCAAUAAGAACAAGAGACUUGCUUGGGCCAAGAAACACGAGCAAUGGACAUUUGACCGGUGGAAAUCUGUUCUUUGGUCUGAUGAGUCUAAAUUUGAGAUUUUUGGUUCCAACCGCCGUGUCUUUGUGAGACGCAGGGUAGGUGAAUGGAUGAUCUCCGCAUGUGUGGUUCCCACCGUGAAGCAUGGAGGAGGAUGUGUGAUGGUGUGGGAGUGCUUUGCUGGUGACACUGUCUUUGAUUUAUUUAGAAUUCAAGUCACACUUAACCAGCAUGGCUAGCACAGCAUUCUGCAGCGAGACGUCAUCCCAUCUAGUUUGCGCUUAGUGGGACUAUCAUUUGUUUUUCAACAGGACAAUGACACAACACACCUCCAGGCUGUGUAAGGGCUAUUUGACCAAGAAGGAGAGUGACAGAGUGCUGCAUCAGAUGACCUGGCCGCCACAAUCACCCGACCUCAACCCAAAUGAGAUGGUUUGGGAUGAGUUGGACCGCGGAGUGAAGGAGAAGCAGCCAAUGAGUAUGUGGUAACUCCUUCAAGACAUGGAAAAGCAUUUCAGGUGAAGCUGGUUGAGAGAAUGCCAAGAGUGUGCAAACCUGUCAAGGCAAAGGGUGGCCACUGAAGAAUCUCAUUUUUUUAAAGAACCACUUUGUUUGGUUACUACAUGAUUCCAUUUGUGUUAUUUCAUAGUUUUGAUGGCUUCACUAUUAUUGUACAAUGUAGAAAAUAGUAAAAAAUGAAGAAAAACCCUUCAAUUAGUAGGUGUCCACAUUUUUUUGACUGAUACUGUACGUGGAAGAUUUGUUUAGGAGUUCAGGUGAGGUUUUUGUGUUUCAGUUCAGGAUUUCAAUCUCCGAUAAGAUUAUAUUCAUUAAUGAACAAUGCCAAUAAUUAAUGCCUCAAGUUAUAGAGUUAAGCCUAAAGGGUCAUGGUUAGGUUUUGAUGAGCCAUUGAGUUUGCAUCUCAGAAGCAUUCAGUGGCCUUUUUUUCACAUCCACUGGAAGAGUUGAGUUAUUUAUUUCAGUUGUAUCUUUUAUUUUUUUUAUAUCAUGCUUUGGCAACUCUAUAACCAGCAUAGACGAGGUACAAAGAGAAACGCUUUCAGUCUCAACCCAAAUGAUACAAUCCUCCUUUUAAGUGUCCUUAAAAUGUCAGUGGCGUGAGCCAUGGAGUUCUCCUCGGGUUUCCUUUUUUCUUUUUUUUGCCUUUUUUAUAUCUGGGUGUAUGACACAGGAGGCUGAGGGGAGGACGGCUCAUAACAAUGGCUAGAAUGGAAUGAAUGUAAUGGUAUCAAACACAUGGAAAAUAUGUAUUUGGUGUGUUCAAUACCAUUCCAUUAAUCCAUUCCAUUAAUCCGUUCCAGCCAUUACUAUGAGCCCGUCCUCCCCAAUUAAGGUGUCACCGGCUGCCUGUGGUGUAUGUUGGCAGGCAGCUGCCUCCAUAGACACCCACUUAUUAUACUGUACAUCCCAUUCUCAGAUAGUCUCUCUUGCCAGACGGCUUACUUCCGCAAUCUUUGAAUGUGCCGUUUCCCAAGGUCUGGCUAUAAGAGACUAAUUCUCAGAUGGGACUGGUGUGUGUGUGUGUGUGUGUGUGUGUGUGUGUGUGUGUGUGUGUGUGUGUGUGUGUGUGUGUGUGUGCGUGCCCGUGUCUAGUUAUACCUGUGGUUAUGCCAACUGUGUGAGGAAGUGAAGGCUCUGCAUGAUUCAUGCUUUAGUGUCUUUGCAUUUUCACUUAAAAAAAGUUGUUGCCCUUGUGGCUUCAUGGAGCUUGACAGACAACUCCCCUUGUUUCCUUUUAAAUCCUUUACCUUGUUUUCAUUUCACCUUUUUUGUUAAUUUACAAAAAAAGGCUUUUGUAAUGAAGACAGUGAGUGGUAACUGAGUUAUAUUUUAUAUAAAGUCUUAUUGGAUGUUUGCUUACAACCCCUGACCCUUCCUUAACCCCUGUCCUGUGUGAAAUAGAUUCUGUGACUUCUGUUUGCCACAUUUGGGCUGAAGGGGCCUUCUUGCUCCACCAGUCCAGUGAUUUGGACAUUGCAAUUGUACACUUAUGUUAUGUCCUGUAGAGACCCAAUGCUGUUGUCACAAAUGGGACGAGUUACCAUUCCUAGCCUGAGCUCAGAUCUGUUUGUGCUUCGCCAACUUCUCUGACUAGCAUUAUAGUUGGCUGAAGCGUAUACUGAUUUGGGACCAGGCUGCUUGUUUGGUAGGUUGAGUAGUAGUAUUGCUUCGGCAGGAAAUAGAUGACUUGAGUUUAGUCCUCAUGCUGCUCUAUCUAAAGCGUAAGUUGAAGGUGUGGAGGACUGGUGUUCUGUUUUGAGUCUGUUACAUGGCAAUGUCUUAGGAGGAAAGGAGGAGCAGAUUACUUUUAUACCAGCCUUUUACUUUAAUGUAUCUGCUAUUUAAAAUAAAAUAAUCUAUAUGAAUUUAACGCUACACUGUACUAAAAAUACUUGUCAGAUUUUUUUAGCUAUUUUUAUAGUUGAAAAAACUGUUAAAGUUCACUAAUAUUCACCACACACAGAAAUAUAUAUGAAUAGUAUUUUCCAUUCUUAUUGGUAUGAGUUGUUUUUAUACAUCAAAAGACAAAGCUUGCUCCCCUUUUAAGUCAGGGUGCACAUUUCAGUGUGAGAGAACUAGUCAUAUUUCAUAGUUUCACCAUCUUAUACUCUAUUUCAUAGAUUAGGCCCUGUAUUGACUUAUUAGUAAAUAAGAACCACUCUGCCAUAGGACGAUGCUCUGAAAGCACUAUACUGAAACUGUGUCUUCUGCAGUAAUUACAGUAGAAUACUAUAAAACGGUCUGCUAUCCAUGUAAUUAGAUAGCAAUGUUUGAUCAGCAAGGAUCCUGUUAUGUUUCUUUUUUGUUUUAUUGUUCUAAGGUGUGUCCUGCAGGGGUAUUUAAUUGGGCCGGAACGAUACCAGUAUCUCAAUGUUUUUUUUACAUGGCAAAAAUGAAAACACGAAGCAGAUCAAGUCUUUUGAUCCUUUAAAAACCUGCUGUAUGUCAAAUAUUGUGUGCUAUAGCUUGGAAAAUAAAUGUGACUGGAUGACAACAUAAUGAGGUUUGUUUCUAACAUUAGGGCUGUUUUCUUAAAGAAGUUAAACCUGCUUUGUUUCCUUGCCACGAUACUAACGAGUAUUGCGGUAUUGGUAUUGUCCUGGCCCUAGUAUUUAACUUGAGCAUUUGCCCUUCAUCCAUUCCUUUACUGAUUGAUUUGAUAUCAUAGUUCGUCAUGAUACACCGUGCAAAGGGCUGAGUAACAUGAGCCUCCUUCAUCCAGGUUAGGAGACAUGAUAUUCCCCUCUGAGUUGUAUUCUCACUGGUACCACCACGCACACUAUUGAAAUAUUCAGCGUAGUGAAGCAUGACACCAAUGGAUCCCACGGUCUGUACUGUCAGCAUUUUGGGUUGUAGCACUGAUGUCUAAAACCUAGCUCUUGACUGCAAUGACCAUUUGAUCUCUGGUAAGGUGGCAAUUUGGCCACACAAUGCAAAGACCCAUGCUAAUAGUUUAUUAGUUUCAUAUUAACCUUUGUGGCAACUACCAUUAAUGCAUUUGAGAUGAUGCAUACAUGCUUCAUAACAGCCAGGAACAGAGAAAACACUAUUUCAGAUGAGUGCUUAUAUGCACUGUCUUUGUUUUGUUGGGUUAUUUUGCUGCUUGCGUCUAAAUGUUCUUGUAUAUUCCUUUUUGAAAUGUGUCAUCUCUGAUAUGCUCUGGACCGUAUGUAUUUAUGCGAAACCUUGUGAUUUCUGUUUUUUGUUUCUUUGUUAGUAUUUUUUUUAUUUCAUGUUUGAAUAAAGCCGUUGUUGACUAUCCUGA